AUGGUAGUGCCCGUAUUGAAAAAUCAGGACAAGAAUAGAUCCGACCCAGAGUCAUACAGGCCCAUUAGAAUACUUUCAGUGUUCUCAAAGCCAUUGGAGUACCUGGUGUGUCUGAGGCUGAGAGAACAAAUCAAACCGAGGAUGACCGAAAAACAAUUUGGAUUUACGGCGAAUAGGAGUUCAAUUGAUGCAAUAUUGAGAAUGAGAGAAUGGGCCGAAAGUCGAGACGAAAAUUACGUACUCGGGAUGUUUUUGGACAUCUCGGGUGCUCCCUAUACCGCUUGGUGA